AUGCUUAUUCAGGGUUCAAGAGACUCUGAAAUUUGUGGGAAAAUUGUUUUUAAAAAUGUAAAGUUCAGCUAUCCUUCAACUCCGAACUCAGAAAUACUAAAAGGACUGAGUUUUGAGCUUAAGCCGGGACAAAAAUUAGGAGUUGUAGGAAGCACUGGUUCAGGGAAAAGUACAAUAAUUCAACUAUUAUUAAGAUUUUACGAACCAACUUCUGGCAGUAUCAUGAUUGACGACCAUGAUAUUAGAGAAUAUUCAAUCAGCUACUUAAGAGAGCAUAUUGGAAUUGUAAGUCAAGAACCAUUAUUAUUUAACACUACCAUUUAUGAAAAUAUAAGAUAUGGAAAAUUAAGCGCAAAAGAGGAAGAAAUUCAUAUUGCUGCUCAAAAGGCUGGUGCUCAUAAUUUUAUUAAAAAAUUGCCUUUGAAAUACCAAACUCCAGCUGGAUCAAAAGGCUCACAGCUUUCUGGAGGCCAAAAGCAAAGAAUAGCAAUUGCCAGAGCUAUUGUGAGGAAUCCGAAAAUUCUUUUAUUAGAUGAAGCUACAAGUGCAUUAGAUCGGCAAACAGAGCAAGCUGUUGUAGAAGAUAUUGAUAAAGCCUUACCAAAAAGCACAAAAAUUACAAUAGCGCAAAAUUUAGCCACAAUAAAAGACUCAACUUAUAUUAUUAUGAUAGACCAAGGUGUUUCUUCAGAGUUUGGAACACAUAAAGAACUUAUGAAGAAUAAAUCAAAGUACUAUCAUCUUGUAAAAAUGCAAAAAAUUCAACGGAAAAAUAGAGACGAUGAGCAAAAUAAAGAAGUAUCUAAUGGCUUCGAUGGAAAUAGAUUGAUCAAAGGAGAGGAAGGAAAAGUCACGCCGGAAGAGACUGAAAAUAUAAGGAAGAAAAUGCUACAUUUUUCGCAAAGUGAAAAACGGUGGCUUUAUUUUGGCAUUUUAGGGUCUCUUUUUGUUGCAUCAUCUUAUCCAAUUUCAGGUAUGCUAAAUGGGAAACAAAUUUUUGUUUUAUCUGAGGAAAAUGAUGACAUGCUAGCUCCUCCCUUUAGAUACUUUUAGCAUUCUAUCUUAACAAAAAUUAUUAAAAUUGUUUUUCAGAUUUUUUUAAAAAAACAAAAUUAAGAUAUAUUUUAAAAUGUAGGUGAUUAACAAUCUAAUAUAUAAAAUUAAUUUAUAUGGAAAAAUAUUCAUAUAAAAAAUUUUUGCUCGCCCUAGGGUUAAUUUUUAAAGAUAGAAUUUUCCAAUAGUUUGUUUUGCUCUUUAAGAAGGGUAAGCAAAAGUGCAGAAUAUGGAGGAUGGAUUUGCUUCCUUGCCUUAUUUGUGGCUAUAGGAUUAAUUAUGCAAAGCAUCAAUUACCCAAAAAUGAGUUCAAAUAUUACCGCUAAAAUGAGAGAAGAAAGCUUUAAAGCACUGCUUAAAUAUGAAGCAGCAUUUUUUGAUUUACCUGAAAAUAAUUGUAGCGCUCUUUCCGCAAGACUUUGCAAUGAUUGUGAAAAAGUUAAUGGAUUGAGCGGAAGCAUGAUAGGAAUUAUAAUAAGUAUAGUUGCUGCUUUAUUAGUUGCACAUGGAGUUGCUGCUGCUUACUCAUGAAGAAUGAGCUUAAUUUUUCUAUCAGUGCUUCCCGUUAUUUCUAUCGCAAUUUUCGCAUCCUAUUUUGCACAAGAAGUAGGUGUCGUUAAAUACAACUAUGAACCAUGCACUGCUAUAGCUGCAGACGCUAUCAUGAACUAUAGAACAGCAAAAGCAUUUAAUUUGGAAAAAGUCAUGCUGGAAAAAUAUCUAGAGCCUGCUAAAGCUGAAUUUGCAAGCUUACAGCAAAAAGCCCAGGUAUCAGGCUUUACAUAUGGGCUAGGAUUCGGGGCUCUUUUUUGUGUUUAUGCACUGCUUUACUGAUACGGAGCCAAGCUCGUCCUUGACGGAGUCGAUACAUAUAAAGACAUGAUUAUUUCGCUUAUUACUUGUCAAUUUGGCUCAGAUUCUUUUCUUAUUGCAGGAGUUUAUAUGCCAGAUAUUAAAAAUGGAAUUGAGGCUGCAAAAAGACUGUUUAAAAUUCUGGAAUAUCAACCUACAAUAAAUGUAAACAGCAAAGAUGGAGAAAAGAAAGAAAUUAAGGGUAAAAUUGAGUUUAAAGAUGUUACUUUUUGCUAUCCCAAUCGAAAUUAUAUGGCUUUGAAAUCCCUGAGUUUUGAGAUCAAAACUGGAACUCACUUUGCUGUGAUUGGGAGGACAGGAUCAGGGAAAUCAACUGUUAUCCAACUAAUAAUGAGGCUAUAUGAUCCUUUGAGUGGAGCAGUGCUAAUUGAUGAUUUAGAUAUUAAAUCCUAUAACCUUAAGCAUUUAAGAAGGCAGAUAGGAUAUGUUGGCCAAGAGCCAGUGCUCUUUACUGGAUCUAUUUCAGAAAAUAUUUCUUAUGGUAUAAAAUCUGAACAAAAUCAAGUCGAAGAAGCUGCAAAAAAAGCACAGGCCAUCGAAUUUAUUAACGAUCCUAAAUAUCCUGAAGCAUUUGCUCGUCAAGUAGGAUUGAAAGGAAGUAUGCUAAGCGGGGGGCAAAAACAACGUAUUGUUAUUGCAAGAGCUAUUAUAAGAGAUCCUAAGAUUUUAAUAUUUGAUGAAGCAACAAGUGCGCUUGACCCUAAAACUGAAGAUGCACUUCUUUCCACAAUUAAAGAAGUGAUGGCUGGAAAAACUUGCAUAAUGAUUGCCCAUCGUCUUAAAACAAUAUCUGAAGCUCAUCAAGUUAUGGUACUAGAAAGUGGAAAGAUCCUGGAAAUAGGAGCCAGAAAAGAUUUGAUGACUAAAGGAGGCUACUUCUAUAAUAUGAUUAGCAAUCUUUAA